AUGACCAACGGCAUAUCGUUCACCAGUAUCCGUCUCCAGCUCAUGCCCAGGGACUCGUGUAUCCCAUACCGUCCAUGGGCCCAUUUCCCGGACAGAAUCCUGGAGGUGGGAUGCCUUACGGUGUACCUUUUGCGCCAACCUACUCAUCCUACGGGGCUGGCCAGCCCGUUGGGGGCCACUAACCCCCCUUUUGUCCCAGGUCCGUCAAUGCAGAGCAUGGGGCCGGGGCAGGCACCUGUCUACGGUGCUUCAUACUACCCUCCGCCUUAUACAGCAUCUUACGGACACGGGGUGCACCCUUCGACCGGUCAGCCACGACCGCCUGGGCCUCAAUCCCGCCCGCCUUCUCGUGCGCCACCAACAGCUUUCGGGCCGCCGAAAAGUGACCAUGACAAGCAGUCUGCCGAAGCGGAGUAUGAUGUUUCAAAGACCAUCGUCGAUGGCUCAAACCCCAUGAAGCUGGCGCAGCCCGCACCCGUCUUUCCCGAAUCCUCUCUCGUGACCCAAUCGACAUCUACCAGCUCAACGCCACGCGGACCGCCGCGAAAACCCAAACAAUCGGGGCAUGCACUCUGGGUCGGAAAUCUGCCACCGGGGGCGAACGUGAUUGAUCUGAAGGAUCAUUUCUCGCAGGAUGCCACGGACGAUAUCGAGAGCGUGUUUUUGAUUUCCAAAAGUAAUUGUGCAUUUGUGAACUACCGGUCCGCGGCGGCUUGCGCUGCCGCUUUGGCGAGAUUCCACGACUCGAGGUUCCAGGGAGUGCGUCUAGUGUGCCGACUACGCAAGGGUUUCACGGCACCGGGGUCGGGGAUUGGAUCUGGCACUUCUCGGUCGCAGUCGCGGGACGAGGCGGCGGAUGCCCUCGGUGAUGAUAAGCCCGCAGUGCCCGAACCCACGAUCCCGCCUCGUGACCAGGGAUCUCAGACCCUGGAUCGGUACUUCGUCGUCAAGAGUUUGACCGUGGAGGAUCUUGAAUUAAGCAAGCAGAGUGGAAUUUGGGCCACUCAGACCCAUAACGAAACCAAUCUGAACCAAGCCUUCGAGACCACCGAGCACGUGUAUCUGAUCUUCUCCGCGAACAAAUCCGGCGAGUAUUUUGGAUACGCCCGCAUGUUGUCACCGAUCAGUGACGAUGAAGAACUUGCCUUGGAGAUGCCACCACGGCCCGAGCCCUCGGCGGGAGGACCGGACGAAUUGGAUGUGACCAUCACGAUGGCCACGUCGACGGCCCCGAAAGGCCGGAUCAUCGACGAUUCGGCCCGGGGGACAAUAUUCUGGGAAGUCGAGUCCUCGGAAGAGGAGGAGGAUGUGCGCAGCGAGAAGAGCGUGGAGGAAGAGGAGGCAGAGGCGCAGUCGUUUGGCAAACCGUUCCGCAUUCAAUGGCUAUCGACCGAACGAGUUCCCUUCCACCGCACCCGCGGCCUCCGCAAUCCGUGGAAUGCCAACCGGGAGGUGAAGAUCGCCCGUGACGGAACGGAAAUCGAGCCGACGAUCGGCCGGAAACUCGUCCAGCUGUUUCACCUGACGUGA